AUGAAAAUAAUUGAGUUUUACUAUAGGCAAUUUUAUAAAGAUGAAGCAUAUGUACUUGUUUCUGCAAUUAAGAAUUAUCUUUGUGAUCUUUAUGAUGAAUAUAAAGCUACUUAUGCAUUCAAGACAUUCUCUGCUGGUACUGGUUACAUUGUUGAUGUUGAGAAGGAUAAUGAAGCAUCUACUUCGACUUCUUUGAUUGAGGUUUCUUUCAAUAAGAAGCCUAGAACAAGUGCAUUAGAUGACUUUCUUAAAGAAUCAUCACAAAGCCAACAUAGAAAAUCAGAUUUGGAAUUGUAUUUGGAAGAGCUCAUUUACCCAAAAAACAAUCCAAUUGACAUUUUGACUUUGUGGAAAGUCAAUGCACCUAAAUACCCUGUGUUAUCUAGAAUGGUAUGUGAUAUUUUGGCUCUUCCUAUAUCAACUGUUGCAUCAGAGUCAACAUUUAGUACAGGUGGACGUAUUCUUGAUUUAUACAGAAGUAGAUUAGGUUGCAAGACCGUGGAGGCUUUGAUUUGUGCACAAGCUUGGUUGCGAGAUAAGGCUGAAGAUGAUUUCGAUUUGCCUACACCUUUACCUGAAGAGGAAGCACCAUUUGCAUCUGCAUACAUUGAAACUGAAUCGUUAAUUUGA